CAAUCGGACGAUAGUGAAGUUCUAACAUACUGUUUGUUUGAAAAUAUUGCGAUGCAUAAAUCGAUAAGAAUGUGGCUCCUGGUAGCCAUUGCCAUAGGUAUAAAUUACUAUGUCAUAGCACAAGACGAAAAUCCGUGUCGAGGAAAUAGCGGAGUAAUUGAAAUUCCCUAUCCAGACGAUUGCACUCAAUACAUUUUGUGCAUAAAUGAAACAGGUUUUACGAUGUCUUGCGGCAGUGGAAUGAUCUUCGACGUUCUUACUAAUGGCUGUAAUAACGAAUCGGUCUCAGUUUGUGUUAAGGAUAUUCCAACUCCGCCUACAGUCGCUCCAACUUCCACAUCAACAGUAUCAACAACUACAACAACGGUAGCUACAACAACGGUAUCUACAACAACUCCAGCACCAGGAGUUACAACAACUCCAGCACCGGGAGUUUCAACAACAUCAACAACACCAACAACAACUACAACGACUGUUUCGGUACCUACGGCUCCAACAGCUUCACCAACUGCGGGAACUACAACAAUACCAACAGCUCCUACACCAGCACCUACAACUACAGGUGCUAUUACUACACCGGCUACUACGACCACGACAACACAACCGGUAACAACAACGACGACGACGACACAAGCACCGACAACAACAACGACUACGGCACCGACAACAACGAUGACGUUUACGACGACAGUAGCAACAACGACAAAUCCACCCGGAACAAUCGAUUGCCCAUUAGAUCAAAAUUUCUACGCUGCGCACCCGGACUGCACAAAGUAUUAUCGCUGCCAUUUCGGACAAUUAUUUGUGCUUUCGUGCCCUCCAAACCAACACUGGAACCAGGAGCGACAGUACUGUGAUCAUGCCUGGAAUGUUCCCUGCCCAGCCACCCGGUCAUUAGCCGGUUUUUUAACACCUGUGUUUUUAGAACUUUUUUUCAUGGCAGCCUUGAUACUAGGAAUAAAUUAUCAUGUCUUAGGACAGCAACAAAAUCCAUGCCAAGGAAAUGACGGAGUGUUGAGAGUUCCCGAUCCCGACGAUUGCACUCGAUUUUUCCUGUGUAUUGGAGAAGAAUCCUUCCCCUCACAAUGCAGUGCUGGUUUGAUCUUCGAUGUUAUCACACAGCACUGCAACGACGAAACGAAUUCAGUGUGUGUUCAGGAGAUUGAAACACCACGAACUCCAAGCGUUCCUGGUGAUGACACGACAUCAUCAAGUUCGGAAAUCACGACUGUACCGACAGCAGCCACCCCUACGCCAGAUCCAGUGCCAACGACUGUACCAACGGCAGCCACACCUUCGCCCGCUCCGGAAUCUACGACUGUACCAACUGCAGCGACUCCUACGCCAACUUCAGUAUCAACACCUUCACCAACAACUAUUGCCCCAACGACUACUGUCCCAACAUCGGCGCCCACUACAGCCUCACCACCCGGAGAGCCGACUUGUGCAGUCGAUCAAGACUUUUACGCACCACAUCCGGAUUGCUCGAAGUACUUCCGUUGCCAUUUUGGACGGCUAUUUGUUCUUUCUUGUCCUGCCAACCAACACUGGAACCAGGAACAGCUAUAUUGCGACCACAUCUGGAACGUUCCGUGUCCAGCCUUUUGAGAUUUUUACUUGCAUACCCACGCUGACAGACCACUCAAUCUAAUCCGUCUUCUAAUCCACGAAUAGCUAAGCAAUCUUGGUAAACACGUGCACUGUAUCAAUAUAUGAUAACGGGAGCGAAGAUAAUUAUGUAACUUAAGGGGAAUAAAAGUGGUGAUAGUAAAACGUUUGCAAAUUUUCAGUGUUUGAUAGACUUUCAGUACGAAAGGACCAGUUGACUUAAUUUGGAAUGCGAUGGAAAAGAUAUACUUUCCAAAAAAAAUCAGGAAAUUACAUCUUCUAGGUCUGACAUAUACGAAGUUCAAACUUCUUUAGCUCUACAGUCUAGUCUAUUUUUACGAACCAAACAAAUUAAUUUAAAUUCUAGCGAAACAUUAGUUAAAAAUUCUCCGCAUCUUAACAUUGCUUAACACUAGGAAACAUCUUUUCAAAAGCAAUGAAUCGAUCCUAAAGGAUAGUUUAGGACAUUUUUUCUGUUGAAAAUUGAAAUUAAUAAAUCUUCAGUAAACUA